UGUAUGCAGUUGGUGUUCUUCCUCAUCUGCCAGGAUUCGCAGCAAGCUCAAUCCUUCCAGAAGCGAGCAGCGCAACAGGACAAGGCAGAACGGAGUGUUGAUAAAACAGAACAUGAGGGUGAAGAGAGACACCAAUUGCAGAGCCUUCGUCUCAGGGAAGGAACACUGGUGAACUGAGAGCUGCAUCAGAGACUACAGAGAAAAAGAGACGAGAAGGAGAACAGGCAGUCAGCAGCCUCCGAGUGUGCACAGCGCAGCACAGAUCAGUCCUGACUGUGGUAGAGAGGGGACAGACACGGGCCCAUUCCUUCACCAUCGAAUCACCUUGCCUCCUCUGGUCGCUAGCCACCAGCCACUAAAUCUCCCUGAAGCCUUUGCCUCUAUCCUGAUGCUCCCAGAGUGAACCUGGUUUUCUGCCAGCAGUCCUGCUCACCCCUAAACUUGGUCCCAGGAGCUCGAUGACUCAAGAGAGGAUUUUGGAUUUGUUAUGGUGAAAAAAGUCCUGUUUAACAUGCGGGAUAUCUUGGGAUAAAGAACAGAACAGGGCCUCGAUAAGGGAUUAAAUGCUUUUCUUGUGACUCUGAUCAACCUUCAACAAAUUUGAGUUUGAUUGGGAGGCCAGGAAGACAAGAACACAAACACUGUGAUUAUACAGAAACCUUUCAAUUUCAUGACCUGCUCAGAGGAAUCUGAGUCAUAUCGUUUCAACAAGAUAUAAUUGAACUUCCUGUCUGGAAGGCAAUUGAAAACGGAAAUGCAGAAGUCAAUGACAUUUUUGUCACAAGCACACUGUGACAUACAGUUUCUUGCCACUUUUCAGUGUGCACAAAUCUGAGGGAUUUUAACAUUGUUUGGGUGGCUUCUGGUUCAUUUUUAAUUUGAUUUUCAUUUUACUUUUUUCAUUUAAUUUUUUUGAAUUUGCAUUUAAAGAAAGGAUACAUUAAAGAGAAAAAACAUUGACUCAGGCAGCUCCCUUUGCGUUGUGAGCGGCAGGGGGGCUCCCCUGUAAACAAACAAUGAAUGAGAGAGGACAGAGAUGGAAUGAAUUUUGAAAAGUGAUGGAAGCAAAUGUGUCAUUUUGCCAUUAAUAGUUUCUUAUCCCUGCCAAAGCAGAGAGAAAGAAUAGAUGACAUAGACAAAGCUUAAAAGAGCUACCAUGAGAGAAUUUAAGUUUGUUUAGAUAGCAUAAGUUCUUCAGUGGAUGUAGUGUGUGUGUGUGAGAGAGAGACAGAGAGAGAGAGAUCAAGAGAAAGGCAAGACAAAACAAGUGACACCAAGAAAGGACAGAGAAAAGAGUAAACAGGUGCCAUAGAUAUACACUUUUAUGCCAUUGAAGUUCAAGCUAUUGUUCUUGCUCCUUUCUUUUCAGUUUUUGUUUACCACUCCCCUCUCUUGACAGACUGUGAGGGAGACCACCAUAUAUUGCAGCGAAAGAGCUACUGAGUGAGGGAGCGUGAACAAGAGAGGAGCAGAGGACUGUUGUAGCAGAGUGGAGGCCUUUUCCUCAUUCAGCUUAGACCAAAUGUUCUCUCCUGUCUAGGUUUUUUUUUCUUCCCUUUUUUGCUGUUCUAUUCGUCUACUCUCUCUCCUCUCAUUCAUCCCCGUCUCCGUCCCUCUGUUCCUAAAAAAGUGUGAGAGACAGUGGACAGGGGACAGGUGGGCAAGUCAGGGGGGCAAGAGUUAUUUUACCACUGCUGGAUGUUUUUUUCCCCAGAUUUAUUUUUCUCUCACACCCAGAGGGAUCAUUGUUGUAGCAGAGGUCAAAGCAAGGAAUCUGAGUCCAUUAAUGUAAAGUGCUACCUUACCAUUGGGAAAAAUAGGCAGAGUGGGGGAAAGAAAGAAAAUUCUUUAAAGCCGGUGCUCAAAUUUAAAAAAACCCAAAUGAUCUGAUCCCACUCAUUUUCCCCUGCCUCCUACAGCAGCCCCCCCUCCCCCCACCCUGUGGGAUCCUUGGAUAUUUGUCUCUCAUUCCCCUCUUCCCUGGAAUCUGUCAGUGCUCCCGAAGGGAUACAGCCUGCUUGCAUCCGAGCCAGUCCUCUCCUAUUAUCUGCUGGUGCCGUCUGCUUCAUUCUGUGGCGGUGCAGGCAGCCAGACGAUCAUUCUCCAUGAGGAGCAGUGGAAGAUGCCGGCUCUGCCAGCUCUGCUGCUGCCGAUUCACCUCCUCUUCCUCCUCCUGCUGCUGAGCAUGGCUGUGUCCUCCCUUAGCCAGGCACCUGCCCUCACUGCCAUUAGGAUGGCCGCCAUUCUAGAUGACCAGUCAGCAUGUGGGCGUGGGGAACGUUUAGCCUUGGCGCUCGCGCGAGAGAACAUCAACAGUAUGAUGGAUGGACUGGCUUGUGCCCGGGUGGAAGUGGACAUCUUUGAGCUGCAGAGUGACUCACAGUAUGAGACAACGGAUACAAUGUGUCAGAUCUUGCCGAAGGGUGUGGUUUCUGUGAUAGGCCCCGCCUCUAGCCCAACUUCUGGAUCCAUUGUCAGUCAUAUUUGCGGAGAAAAGGAGAUCCCUCAUAUUAAGAUUGGCCCAGAGGAGACACCCCGGUUGCCGUAUCUGCGUUUUGCCUCAGUGACACUGUAUCCCAGCAACGAGGACCUGAGUUUGGCCAUUGGUGCCAUCCUGCGUUCCUUCAGCUACCCCAUAUCCAGUCUGAUCUGUGCCAAAGCUGAGUGCCUGCUUCGACUGGAGGAGUUGGUGCGCCAUUUCCUUAUUUCCCGGGACACGCUGUCAGUGAGAAUGCUUGAUGACAGCUUGGACCCCACCCCCUUGCUAAAGGAAAUCCGCGAUGAUAAAGUAGCAACAAUUAUCAUCGAUGCCAAUGCAUCAGUAUCUAUACUUAUACUCAAGAAGGCAUCAGAGCUAGGUAUGAUGUCAGCCUUCUACAAGUAUAUCCUCACCACAAUGGACUUCCCUCUGCUGAGGUUGGAUGAUGUGGUAAAUGACCAGUCCAAUGUUGUGGGCUUCUCCAUGCUGAACAGUAGUCAUCCCUUCUACCUGGAGUUCAUCAGGAGUCUCAACCUGUCUUGGAGGGAAGGAUGCGACCUGAGCCCUUACCCGGGUCCAGCUCUGUCGUCUGCUCUGAUGUUUGACGCAGUGCACGUGGUGGUCGGGGCAGUGCGUGAGCUAAAUCGGAGUCAGGAGAUCGGGGUGAAACCACUCAGCUGCACCUCCGCGCUCAUCUGGCAACAUGGCACCAGCCUCAUGAACUACCUGCGCAUGGUGGAGUAUGAUGGCUUGACAGGGAGAGUGGAGUUUAACAGUAAAGGCCAGAGAACAAACUACACCAUACACAUUCUAGAGAAGUUUCGAGGAGGGCACAAAGAGAUUGGUAUCUGGUACUCCAACAACACACUGGCAAUGAACUCCACCUCUUUAGACAUCAACACAUCACAGACUUUGGCCAACAAGACACUUACUGUGACCACCAUAUUGGAGAACCCAUAUGUGAUGCGGAAAGAAAACUACCAGGACUUUGAGGGGAAUGACCAGUAUGAAGGGUUCUGUGUGGAUAUGUUGCGGGAGCUGGCGGACAUUUUAAAGUUCUCAUUUAAAAUUAAGCUGGUCGAUGAUGGGUUGUAUGGAGCGCCAGAGCCAAAUGGGUCCUGGACAGGCAUGGUGGGGGAGCUCAUUAACAGGAAAGCAGACCUGGCUGUAGCAGGUUUCACUAUCACCUCCGAGAGGGAGAAGGUCAUAGACUUCUCCAAGCCCUUUAUGACUCUCGGCAUCAGCAUUCUUUACCGCGUCCACAUAGGCAGGAAGCCAGGCUACUUCUCCUUCCUGGACCCGUUCUCUCCUGCUGUCUGGCUGUUCAUGCUCUUAGCCUACCUAGCCGUUAGCUGCAUUCUCUUCUUGGCUGCCAGGCUGAGCCCCUAUGAGUGGUAUAACCCCCAUCCAUGUCUACGAGAACGCAGGGACCUGCUGGAGAAUCAGUACACACUGGGAAACAGCCUGUGGUUUCCGGUAGGAGGUUUCAUGCAGCAGGGUUCAGAAAUCAUGCCUCGGGCCCUUUCAACGAGGUGUGUUAGCGGUGUCUGGUGGGCAUUCACGUUGAUCAUCAUUUCCUCAUACACGGCCAACCUGGCUGCGUUUUUGACAGUUCAAAGGAUGGAGGUGCCUAUUGAGUCUGCAGAUGACCUAGCAGACCAGACCAACAUUCAGUAUGGCACCAUCCAUGGAGGCAGCACCAUGACCUUCUUCAUGAACUCCCGGUACCAGACGUACCAGCGCAUGUGGAACUACAUGUAUUCCAAGCAGCCUAGUGUGUUCGUGAAGAGCACAGAGGAGGGUGUUGCCCGCGUACUCAACUCUAAGUAUGCUUUCCUGCUGGAGAGUACGAUGAACGAGUACCACCGACGUCUCAACUGCAACCUCACGCAGAUUGGGGGUCUGCUGGACACCAAAGGCUAUGGCAUCGGCAUGCCCCUUGGCUCUCCGUUCAGAGAUGAGAUAACUCUCGGAGUUCUGCAGCUACAGGAGACCAACAGGCUGGAGAUUCUGAAGCGCCGCUGGUGGGAGGGAGGAGAGUGCGCCAAAGAGGAGGACCAUCGGGCUAAGGGUCUGGGUAUGGAAAAUAUUGGUGGCAUCUUUGUGGUGCUGAUCUCUGGCCUCAUAAUUGCUGUGUUUGUGGCUGUCAUGGAAUUUGUGUGGUCAACCCGCCGUUCGGUAGAGACUGAUGAGGUGCGCCCCCACUCCUGCCCUGGCCGAAAUGACAGACAUGCACCAGUUUCAGUAUGUCAGGAGAUGAUGACCGAAUUCAGGAAUGCCAUCUCAUGUAAGAAGAGUUAUCGCUUGCGGCGGCACAGACCCCUUUCAUCCCACGGGGUCCUGCGUCACUCCGCCCACCUUACCCUGGGUGCCUCGCGACCUAUGCAGCUUGUGCGCGAGUUGCGCCUCAGCAAUGGCAAACUGUACAGUGCGGCGGCAGGUGGGGGCCCCUCAGACCUGGGCCCUGGUCCACAGCAUCUGCUGGAGGACCCUCUUGGGGCCAAGGUGUCUAGCAAUCCUCCCCCUGCCCCACUGGCCCCCAUGAUCCCACCCACGUCAGCACGAGGCUGCACACACAUACGAGUGUGUCAGGAGUGCCGGCGCAUUCAGAACCUCCGCUCUGCCACUUCCUGCUCCCGGAUACCAGCACUAUCCUCCGCUACCUCGUCACUCCCACGCCUGCCCCCACCCCCUCCCAUGUCUUCUUCCAACCCAAACACUGACAGCGAAGGAGGUGGUGUGGCCAGCCUGCACAGGUCCAAGCCUAAGCCCACACCCCCUCCAAGGCCUGUUCCCCCUUUAAAAACCCCUUCCACUGAUAUGCUCUGCAAGCAGGACUGAGUCUAUGGGUGCAAAAGACACACAGAAAAGAGGAAAAAUGCAGAACGUGUAGUUCGCCAACACCCCCAGGCAGACCAAACAGAUGUCUGGACCACAUCAAAACUGAGACAUUUUUUUAGGAGAGCUGUAAAGAUAUUUUUAGAAGAGAACCAGCACAGUUUCAGGGACAUCAAAGAAAUUGAAUGUUUCAGAAGUGGAGACUGAAGAAGAGGAACUGGAUCUUUGGACCCACAUUCUUCAUCACCAUCCCACUCUUGCCAUGCAAGAAUAUGGGACAACCAGUCUAGUCAUUUAACCUUUGUCUCUGUGAUGUACUAUGCAACAUGUCAGAGGGCAAAAUCCCUUGAAUUGACCAAUGAUGUUCUAGCAAUUAUAGAAGAUUAUGACUUCUGACCUUUGGACAAAGGAGAGCUGUGCAGAUUAUUGGGGUUUGUGUUCCUUCUCUUCUCUUCUAGAACUCUGUGCUGGAUGACUCAAGUGAUCCCAUUAACACCUGAUGGGACCAUACAGUCUGCAUUUACAUGUGCGCACAGAACUAAUAUGACUUUCAUAGACUGAAAAUUGUUUACUCACCCU